CUGGCGAAAUGAAUGAGUGCUGAGCGCGCGCUCUCGGCGCCAACUGAAACUUUUCUCUGUUGUUCAUCAGUGUUUAUUGAUUUAUUUAUUGAUGUUCUUUAGUGUUUUUGCUCCUUUAGCGUUCAACGCUCUUUUAAGAGGCGAUCCUAAAGGUUAUAUUAGUUUUACAUUGAAAAACUGAGGCAUUAUCGCGCCAUUCCUGCAGGAAGAGAAGAAAGAGUUUAAAAUGGCAGAUGAGUCUGAUCACAGAUCAGUGUUAAUGGAGAUCCCAGAACCACAGGCCAAAAUCACAGGACGUUUGAGAAGAUCCUACAUGGAUAUCUUGUGUUCCCGUCUGUCCCUCGGUGCGAGACACAGGACGCACGGCUGCGGCGUGAGACACGGACACGCGUUGGACGCAGGUUCAGGGAGACGCCGGACCAGAGACGGUCUGGACGCGUGUGAGACGUCCGUCUCCAAACAGCUGCUCAACAGUCUUCUGCUCGCCGAGCAGUCUGUCCAGAUGGCGUCCGGCUCACUCACAUCUGACCUCAAGCUCUUACUGGAGGAUCUGCAUCAGAAGAAGACCAGCGUCUACAGAUCCAUCCCGUACUCCCGCCUCGCCUCCAACCGGGACGCCCACUGCUAUAGGAAAGCCCGUCCACACCUGAUGGCCUUCAAGCGCUCGUGUCAGGACGGAGGCCGUUUGCUCCUGCAGAAUGCUGACUGGGAGAAGCUGCUGGAGUUCGUUCAGGCGGCGUGCCGGUACACCAGUGAACUCCCGCAGUGGGAGACCAGCACCCAUAAUGCACUGCGAGAGCACUGCUACAACACGCUAGCGGCGUUCUGUGCCGCGGCACUGCAGAAACACAAACCCGCUGCGCGGAGAGCCCGAGAACUGCUGCGCAGGUUCAAAAUGGCUCCUGUGUCGAGGCGAGCGAUCAGCCCGUGUUUAGAAGAGCUGGAGAAGAUUGUGAAGGAAUAUCAGACUGGAGAAUCACGAACACAGAUCCACCCAUGAGUCCUGCGUUGAGACGAGAGCCGUGGUGAUGAG